UUGUUUACAUCCCCACUCUCCAGAGUGUGAACCAGAUACAUGCACGUGUCCGUGGACAGGACCAUGCAGUCCACGGACAGGACUUGUGCUGUGGAUUUGAGUCACGGUCUGGAGGAUGUCCCUGUUCUGAUUAACUGCAGCGCAGGCGUUCAGACGCUUCCUGAAUUCCAGUAUUCCCCAGAUAACGUUGAGGGACCUGGAUGCACAGCUGACCCCAGUGAAGUCACCCUCCCUGGAUGCUCCUGUCGUUCCCUCUCCUGCUGCACUGAGAGCUGCUCCUGCCUGAAGAUUCACGGGCAGGCAUAUGACGGCACCGGCACACUACUGGACCUUAGCCGAACAGACUCUGGUUACUGCUCACCCGUGUUUGAGUGUAAUACCCUUUGCUCCUGCGGCGACACCUGCUUUAACCGUGUUGUCCAGAGAGGACUCAGACUCAGGCUGGAGGUUUACAGCACCGGGAACAGGGGCUGGGGUGUACGGACACUAGAAUCAAUCCCACGUGGGAUGUUUGUGUGUGAGUAUGCAGGAGAGGUCAUCAGUUUUGGGGAGGCCAGACGCAGACAGCUCAACCAGAGAUCUGAAGAAAAUAAUUACAUCAUCGCUGUGAGGGAGCAUGCAGGUACUGGCUCCGUAAUGGAGACGUUUGUGGACCCAGCUGUGGUGGGGAAUGUAGGCCGCUUUCUGAAUCAUUCCUGCCAGCCCAACCUGCUCAUGCUGCCAGUCCGUGUGCACUCUGUAGUCCCCCGACUGGCGCUGUUUGCUGGACGGGACAUUGAGGCACACGAGGAGCUGACGUUUGACUACUCAGGAGGAUACAGUAACCAAACACCUGUAGAGGUGCUGUCCACACAGAGGGACACUGACGUGCAGGCCAAUAGGACAGAGGGACUUCAAAGGAAAGCAUGUCUCUGUGGCGCUAACAAGUGUGCAGUGUUCCUUCCACUGGAUUUAUCUAUUCUCAAAUAAUGCAAAAUCUGUUUUACAUUC